AUGCAUAAGGACGCAGAGAUGGGAAUUGGUCUCCAGAUGGAUGAGAAGAGCAGGGGGUGGAGGCCAGCAGAUGGGAGCACUGCCCUUUCAGCCCUGCCCCCAGCCCUGUCCUUCCUCUUCCUUCUGCCACUGGGUGAUGCCCUACAGUCCACUCCUCUGCCCUUUCCAGAGCUGAGGCUGGUGGGGGGCCCGAGCCGCUGCCGGGCGGGCCGGGGGCGCCUGGAGGUCCUGCAUGGCGGCUCCUGGGGCAGCGUCUGUGAUGAUGACUGGGACGUGGUGGACGCCAAUGUCGUGUGUCGUCAGCUGGGCUGUGGCCUGGCGCUGCCCGUGCCACGGCCCCUCGCCUUUGGCCAAGGCCGAGGCCCCAUCCUGCUGGACAACGUGGAGUGCCGCGGGCAGGAAGCCACAUUGAGCGAGUGUGGCAGCCGGGGCUGGGGCAUCCACAACUGCUUCCACUAUGAGGACGUGGCCGUCCUGUGCGAUGAAUUCUUGCCCACGCAGCCCGCAAUCAGGAAGGCGUUAAUCAGUAGAGCACCCACUACAACUCUUCAGAAUGGGAAAGGUGAGGGCAGCGUGCGCCUGGUGGGCGGCGCGGGCCCGUGUCAGGGCCGCGUGGAGAUCCUGCACGGUGGCCUGUGGGGUACUGUGUGCGACGAUGACUGGGGGCUGCCGGACGCCACCGUGGUCUGCCGCCAGCUGGGCUGCGGGGCGGCCUUGGCAGCCACCACCAACGACUUCUUCGGCUACGGCACGGGGCACAUCCUGCUGGACAACGUGCACUGCGAGGGCGGUGAGCCUCGCUUGGCAGCCUGCCUGAGCCUGGGCUGGGGAGUGCACAACUGCGGCCACCAUGAGGAUGCGGGAGCGCUCUGCGCAGUUCUGGGCCCCCCAACUCUUACAGCACUGCCACCCUCAGCCACAAGAGAGGACUGGGCCUGGCACACAGAGCCAGCAGCUACAGGAGCUGGUGCCCAGCCUUCUGGGGAGACCGCACUGUUAACCACAGCCGCCAGGGUCGUGGGGAAGAAAAGUAAGCGGCCGGGGCUAGUGGGCGGCCCAGGCCCGUGCCGCGGCCGCGUGGAGGUGCUGUACGCCGGGGGUUGGGGCACCGUAUGCGACGAUGACUGGGACUUCGCGGACGCACGCGUGGCCUGCCGCGAGGCUGGCUGCGGGCCCGCGCUGGGAGCCACGGGCCUCGGUCAUUUCGGCUACGGCCGCGGUCCGGUGCUGCUGGACAACGUGGGCUGUGCCGGUACCGAAGCCAGCCUGAGCGAUUGCUUCCACCUGGGCUGGGGCCAGCACAACUGCGGCCACCACGAGGAUGCCGGAGCACUUUGUGCAGGCCCAGAGGAGCUGGGACUGCAAGUCCAGCAGGACGGUUCUGAGACCACCAGGGUGCCCACUCCUCGGCCCAGAGACGGGCACCUACGCCUGGCCAGCGGCACCCACCGAUGUGAGGGGCGUGUCGAGCUCUUCCUAGGGCAGCGGUGGGGCACUGUUUGUGAUGAUGCUUGGGACCUGCGGGCAGCCGGUGUCUUGUGCCGCCAGCUGGGCUGUGGCCAGGCCCUGGCAGCCCCUGGUGAGGCCCACUUUGGCCCAGGCCGAGGUCCUAUCCUCCUGGACAACGUCAAGUGCCGUGGGGAUGAGAGCACCCUGCUGCUGUGCUCUCACAUCCGCUGGGAUGUCCACAACUGCGACCACAGUGAGGAUGCCAGUGUCCUGUGCCAGCCGUCAUGACCCAGCCUGCUCUGCAGACCACCUCUUCGGGAAGCCUGCUGUGACCUGCCCCUCCUCCUCUAGGAAACCUCUCCUCCUGUGACUGUUGCAGUUCACUUGCCCCAAAUUCCUCUCGCCUGGGAGGAAACCUGCCCAGACUCUGUAGUCCUGCAUGGGGGAGCCUCGCAUUACCCCUGUCAACUUAUUGUGUAACCUCGACCUGUCAUCAACUAUUGUGGGCCCAAUUCAGUGAAAGCUCCCAUGUUUUGCUGAGCCAAAACAGAAAAUGGGGGGAAGGGAAAGCCUCUUAACUCUUCCCUUUGGUGGGGCUCCUGUUCCAGCACCCUGUCCCUUUCCCUCCUCAACCCAGGCUCAAGGGCUCUCUGUAAAUGGGCUAUCUCCUCUUCUCCUGAUCCAUCUUGGGAUCCCUAAGAAGGAAGAUAGGAGAGGCCUACAGCUCUCAACUUAGAUUCCCAGAAGCUGUAGGAGAACCUGGGGCAUUGCCCCGCCCUGCUCUGUGAGGGCCUGGACUCAGAUGGUGCUCGGCUGGACAAGGGGACUGGAGGGGCCAAAGCAGGGACAGUGGCCCCUCCUUGCAGCUCGGACUAGCAUCACUGAUUUAUGCUGCUCCCACCACAGCCUCUAUUUUGCAGGAGCAAAGGACCCUGGGGGCCUGUAGCCACCCAUUCAUAGGUGCCAAGUCAAUAAAGCGUUGUCCCCUGUCUUUU